UCUUUCAUCUUUCGUGUUAAUGAACACAUACAGAGAGGAGUCACAACACAAAUCCGAAAAAGCCGAAGAGUGAGAAAAAAAUGGCAGCGACGACUCUUUCCAUCGCAACCACAAUCCUCUCCUCGUCUCGCCUCACUCCCGCUUCUCCCCAAACCUUCCCUUCCCGACCAAACGCAACCGCAUUUCCCUUUCGCCUCGGUUCAUCUUCUCCGACACUAACCCACCGCUCAACCAACCUCCGUCCCAUCGCCGCCGUCGAGGCCCCGGAGAAAAUCGAGAAGAUCGGAUCCGAAAUCUCGUCCCUCACUCUCGAGGAAGCACGCAUCCUCGUGGACUACCUCCAGGACAAGUUCGGCGUCUCGCCGCUCUCCUUAGCUCCCGCGGCAGCGGCUGUGGCUGCUCCGGGAGGCGGUGAUGGUGCGGCGGCUGCGGUGGAGGAGCAGACGGAGUUCGAUGUGGUCAUCAACGAAGUGCCUAGCAAUGCGCGUAUCGCGGUGAUCAAAGCGGUUAGGGCUCUGACUAGCUUGGCGUUGAAGGAAGCGAAGGAGCUUAUCGAAGGGUUGCCGAAGAAGUUUAAGGAAGGUGUGACUAAGGAUGAAGCUGAAGAAGCUAAGAAGCAGCUUGAAGAAGCUGGCGCUAAGGUUUCCAUUGCGUAAAAGUGUUUUUUUCUUUCUUGAAGUUGUGUAUGAUUUGUUUCUUGUUGUGUUGUUGUUUAGCAUAGUUUGUGUCUGAAAUUAUUGAUUCAGCUCUGAGAAAAUAUUAUAAUGUGAAUCAGUUUGCGUUUCUUACAA